AUGAGUGUCAAUACUACAAACUGUAAUGAACUAAUAGAUGAAUUGAAAUUUAUGUGGAUAGAACAUGAAUUAGGACCACAACGAAUGUCGUUAACACGUCAAAUUUUAAUUGGAAUUGUAUAUACUUCCAUUUUUUGUACUGGCCUACUUGGUAAUUUAGCUACAUGUAUUGUAAUUGCUCGUAAUUCGUUUAUGCAUACCAGGACAAAUUGUUAUUUAUUUACAUUAUCUGUUAGUGAUUUAUUAUUACUAAUUUUUGAAGAUGCUUUCAAUGAUUAUUAUGUACCUGAGUUAAUUUCAUCAAGAUGUUUAAGCUAUUUUGUGGAGAUCGCAUUAUUUCCUAUCAUUUCAAAUUAUACUACGAUAUGGUCGUCAACAUUAAAAUCAUAA